AUGCAUCUUUGCGUCACGGGAGAUAGACUAGAGGUUACACUCCUGGAGGUGGAACAGAUCGGUAGAGCCGCAUCGGGUUACCUUCUCACGGGGCAAAAGGCUAGCCGCCUUUUGUGUAGCAAAUGGCAGGCAGAGCUCUACCCCAUCCAGCCCGCACGAGAACAUCCCCCUUCCUACCAGCUUCUCCGACUUCUUCUAACUACACCUCUCCCCUCCUCCUCCUCUCUCGCCUCAGCCACUUCCUUACCCUCCAGAGGAUCGGAUAUUCCAAAGCGGUCCGCUUUCGGUUUUCGUGCAGCCUCGACAUCUGGCACCGCAGCAGGCGAGACGAGAUUUGAGGCAAAUGCAAUGGGGAGAAGGCAGACUAGGCUCAUGUGCGAUCGCAUGCUGUGGCUCAGUGAUGGCCAGAUGGAUAUCCCCUCCAAACACAAGUAUACAACAUGGCCGAGCAGCAUCGACACGCAGUGUCCCUAUCUGCUUUCUAAGUUGAGGGCAGAAAAUAGCAUGCAGUUCGGCACCCCCUUCAUCCGUGAUAAGAUUAACCCAGCCAACUUCUACAUCACUGUGGACUCCAGUAAACCAGCCCGUAAACCAAAGGCUACCUCAACAGCCACGGGCCAUGCUACAGUGGCGUUAAUGCAUAUUGUGGAUCAGGCCCUUUCACGAAAUGGCCUUCAAAAUGAUAGUGGUUGUGGAUGA